AAACAUUUGAACUUGAAAACAAAGUUUCAUACUUACUACUUACUAGUCUAACUGAUCUUGUACAAAUAUGGCAGUAGCUUAGUUGUUUUUGCAUGCAAGUUGGGUCCAUGUUGCAGAAAAUAGAUGGACAGCCAAACACAUCUGGAAAGUAUUUUUUGUAUUAUUACUAUGAUAAAGAUUGAUACUUUGAUAGAGAUGUCACAUAGUAGUAAUAUUUUUGUGGGUAAUUUCAAACUAGCAGCAGUCACAUACAAAUCCCCAGGAAUCAAGCCCAUUUCCCCCCAUCACCACAACCAAAACACUGAAGAAAAAAAUAUAAAAAAGUAGACAAAAAGAAAGGUCAUUUUCAGCACUGAAAUUCAGGGAAUAAAUAUACAGUUACAGCCACUGAUCUUGCACGACUUUCACACGUGUGAAAAAACCCACAUGCUUUAGUUGUUACCUGACAAUUUUAAUUAAUAAAAACAUAACUGCAAGUCUACAACAACCAGCAGAUGCCACCAGCUUUCAGUUGUGUUUUCUGAGUGAUUUGUUUUAUCAAAACAAAUUUUAAGGUUGUUGGCUUAAGCUUCCUUGUUGUUUCAGCUCAGAAUUCAACUCCCAAAGAGAUUCUUGAAAGCUUUAUGAACAUUUUGAGUUAACAAGUUUUUUUUCUUUUUAAAUUGAUUCCAGUGAUGGAAGAAAAGGGUGUCUCAGGUUCCUUGAUAGUCAUAUCGGAGAAGAAUUCCGAUAGGUUGUAUCCGAUGUUCAUCGGUGUUUCGUGCGCGCUUUUCGUUCUACGGCUACUGCCGGAGCCCGAAAUCUGCGACGAAAAAUGGUCGGAAAUAAGGAAUGGGAUGCUCAAAGGCAGUGCCCUUGUCGGAUUGCUUGUUUCGACGGUUGAAAAAUCGAAGCUUCUAGAGAAACUGGAGAAUGCAGAAAUGGAGAUAGCGGAGUUAAAGAAAAGAAGAAGCGAAGACGCCAAAGCCAACGAGAAAGUGGUGAGCAUCUUCGCAGCCAGAGAGCAGAGCUGGUUUGACGAGAGAAGGAAGCUGAGUCACCAGAUUUUCUCUCUCAUGAAUGACUUGAAAGUUGUGGAGGCCAAGAGAGAGAACUCCGUGUCCGAAUUGGGCGACAAAAUGAAGGAGAUCGAAGUGAUUCUGCAGUUGAAGGAUACGAUGAUCGAGGAAGCAGAGCGAAGGAGGUUGGAGAGUGAGGAGAAGCUCAAGGAAGCUCAUCAUCUUGCUGAGGAGUUGAGAGAGAGCCAUUCUUCUGAGAUUUCCAAGCACAAGACAGCCUUCAUCGAGCAGGUCGAGGCUGCGAAGCAAGAGGUUGAGGCGCUGCUGGAGCACAAGGAGCAGCUGCUUUUGGUGAAUCAGAUGCUUCUGAAGCAAGUCAGAUCGUCUAAGCUUAAGAGAAAGCAAGCUGAGGUUGAAGCAGCCAGGUGGAAGGCGGUUGCAGAGUCCAAACAUGACAGAAAUUCGUUCUUGAAUGCAAAAUCGGAUGGAGGUGAGAUGUAUGCUUAUAUGGAGCAACUGAGACAGAAAGAUGAGAAGCUGGAAGCCUACAACUGGCGUUUGAUGAUCUCGGAGCUGGAAUCAAGGAGAUUGAAAUUGCGUGUUGAAGCGCUUGAUCGCGACAUUGCAAAGCUAAGGCAGGAUAACGCCAAGUUAUCAGAGAUGAUGAGGCCUCAUGAAGGGGAUGGUAAUGAUACAGUUUGGUCGAGAGUGAAGGUGGUUAAGCUAAAAGCAGGACACACCAGGCAAGAAAUGAUGAAGAAGGUAGACGAAGCCUCAGAGAAGGAUGUAGUUUUCACACUCCAACAACCACACAUCCGUGAGGCAGACGAAGUUGCUGCAGCCCAAACUUCAAGUAACAAUUGUACAUGGAAGAUGGAUGUUCAUGCUCUCGGAGUCUCGUACAAGGUAAAGAGACUUAGGCAGCAGCUCUUGGUGCUCGAGAGGCUGCCCGGGAAGGAAGAUGCUGAAAGCAAUGCACGAGUGAAGGGAUUCUACGCACUCAUGUCACUCCUCAACAAACAACUUGAUCGCUACAACUCACUGCAAGGGAAAAUUGAUCAACUCUACAAGAGGAUGCAAGAAAACAAGGUGAAUACCAAGUGUGAAGAGGAUGAAACGAAAAGGAUGGAGCAGUUUCUCGAAGAAACAUUCCAACUGCAGAGGUACACAGUUGCAACAGGGCAGAAACUAAUGGAGGUACAAUCCAUGAUUGCGUCCAAUCUUGUAGCUGAGGCAGAGGACAUUGAGAAGCAUGGGAGCUUCGACAUUGAGCGAUUUGCUGAGAGUUUGAAGACGCUUUUCCGCGAAACGCAGAGGGGGCUCGAGCUUCGGAUAUCUCGGAUCAUAGGAGAUCUUGAAGGAACACUUGCACGCGAUGGUUUCAAUACAUGGCGGAAACGGUGACUAUGGAAAUAUACUUUUCUCAACUAAUGUAGGCCUUCUCUUAACAAAAAUAUGUACAGAUUGAAGGAACUCGCUAACUCACUGCAUUCUGUAUAUGGAUUAUUAACUUGUUGAUUAAUAUGGGAAUCGGAAAUGUGAUUGCAGUUUUUACAAUCUGA